AUGUCGACCACGGACGUUGAGGAAGGUACUUUCAAAAGGCGAAUCCUUUUUGCUAUAGAUGAAAACGAAACCUGCAAACAAGCUUUCAAGAUGUAUAUAGAUCGCAUUAUGCUACCCGGAGAUCAAAUUACCUUUGUUCAUGUAAUGGAACCCGAUACAAAUUUUCGUGGAGCUUCCAGCAGUUCAACAGAACCAGGCAAGACUUCAAAGAAGACUUUUGAGGAAGUGCUGAACAGAUCCAAAUCCCUUGGAAUUUCCUAUAUCACAAUGGCAAAGGCAUUUAAAUUAGAAACAUCUGCUUUUCUCCACGUGCAUACGAGGCCAGGUCGAGCGCUGUUAACAUCCGCGAGACAUCACGACUCAAAUAUGAUUGUUAUAGGGUCUGGUGGUGUUAGAUCUUCUAAGCGUGACUCCCUUGGGUCUGUUUCAGAUUAUGUAGUCCAUAAUUCUCCCAUUCCUGUUGUCGUUUUAUACACUGAAGGCCAUUCAUAA